AUGAUCAAGUCGCUUAAAAAACAGCCUAUAGACGAAUCCUUUCCUCUAAACCUAUAUGACUACAUUACUAACAGGUCAGACUUGACACUGACAAAAUUGCAAGCCGAAGCCCUCUCCUUAGGGCUCAAAUUUUGUGUACCAAGCAAGAAAGUAAACCCGACAGAGAUUAAAGCCCAAUUUGAAGAUCUUUAUUACCAGUUAUCAGACCUGAAGCCGACGUCAGAAGAAUCUGCGAAAUUCGUAGAUAUCGCCUAUCAAUAUAGAACAACCCCAGUUAUUCAGCACUCGCUUUUAACUAAGCAACACCUUAGUGCUUUAAAUGACCUACGAAAGGAUACAGAUGUCGUUAGCUCGAGACCAGACGAAGGUAACGGCGUCGUGAUUCUAAACAAGGAGGAUUACAUAAGAAAGGUGGAAAACAUAUUGAAUGACCCCAGCAAAUUCUCUCCCGAAAUCCAUGGGAAAGAAGAAACAAAGGCACUGGAAGAUCGUAUUGGGAAAAAGGUCAAAUCGCUGUUGGAAAGACAGAUACUAGACGAGGAAAUGGCUGCUCGUCACAUAUUCCUAGGCUAUACGGGCUACCAAACGUACACAAGCCUGGAGUGCCAUUACGGCCAAUUCUAUCAAUGA